AUGACUGUGGAUUCAAGAGAAAGCUCCUCAAAUCAGUGCACGAUUGUAUAUGUUCUAGGUGGACCUGGUAGUGGAAAGAGCACCCAAUGCUCACUAAUUGAGAAACACUUUGGGUUCUGUCAUCUGAGUUUCGGUGAUCUUCUUCAAGCAGAAGCUGAUUCUGGUUCUGAUUAUGGAAAAAUGAUGCAGGACUUGAAGAAGGAAGGAAAACUUGUGCCAUCUGAUAUCCUGGUCGAGGCUCUGGAGAAGGCAAUGCAGGAAAGCAAAAACAAGAAGUUUCUUAUUGAUGGCUUUCCUCGGAAACAAGAAAAUCUUGAUGCAGCUGAACACAUUCUGAAAAUCAAGCCAGAUUUUGUGUUGUUUCUUGAUUGUUCUGAAGAAGAGAUGAUAAAACGGCUUUUGAAUAGAAAUCAGUACACAUCAUUUGUAUAUGUCGUUAGGAGUGUCAUUGAGCCAGGUCAAGUGUUGCUUGACUCAAGCUUGAUCAAUGCUGCGAGGCCUAUUGAAAAGGUGUUUGAUGCAGUGAAGGACGUGUUUUCCAUGUCUUGA